AACAUCGGAUUUCUCUGUGUUUUUGAAAAAUAUUCUCUGUAAACAGAUAAACCUAAACACAAGACCCCCGACAAAAGGAUAAUCUUAUUUCCAUUUCGGAUAACCCUUUUCCCUUCAUUUAUUCUCUUUUUCUCUUUCUUUUCUUAUAUAUCUUUUCCACGUCUGUACAGUAUUGCUAUUGUAUGAUCUCUCGCCAAUAGCAUAUACCCAUCUGCUGUUUCUUUACCUUCAGCUUUUUAAUUCUCAUUGGUUCAUUGUCUUGCUCUUUUGAGUCACUUUUUGUUUUUAGUUUCGUGAUGUCAAUCGCUUUCGAAAGGAGCUCUGGUGAUUCGAUCCAGAGCUCUGGUUAUAUGUCACGGUUUAUGGGCGGUGUGCUUGCCGGAAAUCGGCGGUUUUCGGCUGGGGAGAGGAGGAGGGAGGAGGAUGACUCCUCUAGCUCUUCUUCGUCAAUCGGGAGAAAUAGUGACGAGGAUUCCGGCGAGGAAUCCGAGGUUCAGAGUUCGAUUAGAGGACCGUUACAUUCUAUGGGUGCUUUGGAGGAGGUUUUACCUAUCAAGAAAGGCAUAUCAAAGUUUUAUAAUGGCAAAUCAAAGUCGUUCACAAGUCUAGCAGAUGCUUCCUCUGCUUCCUCUGUUAAAGAUUUCGUUAAACCAGAAAAUCCCUAUACCAGGAAGCGCAAGAAUCUAUUAGCUCGCAAUAUCAUAUGCGACGACAAUUUCCCGCCUAAAGAUAACGGAAGUUGCGUAUCAAAGAGACCAGCAACCUCCAUGAACUGCCCUAAAAGCAAAAAUAAAAGGAUAGAGUCUCAAUCAAUGUCAUCUUCAUCUUCUUCUCACCUUCCACCCCUGCAUCCCCGAGUAAAAACAUCACAUGGCAACGGAUCAUGUCUGCCUCCUGUUCAAAGGAACUCUAAUUGGCGAUCUUUCUCCUUAUCUGAUUUGCAAUGUGCUGCUGCGGCUGCAACUUCUAAUAACUGAGUUUGACAAUUCACGGCAAAGAUAUUGGUAGCAUGCUACAUUGACAUAUAGCUUUAGUUUUGCUUCUCGCUAUGAAUCUGGUACUUGGGGAAAUGUCACGGGGUUGAUGUUUGUCGUAGCUGGUUUCCUGCUGCAAUCUGAUGGUUCCGCCCUUUGUACUUAUAGCUUCAGGUUUGUUAUCAUGCCUGGGCAUUUUUAAGAGGAUUAAUGAAGCCGGACUGUUUCUCUAGUGUUGUCUGUUCUGAAUGUUAGAUAAUGCGUAGAAUGUUUAAGUGAUGUAUCAGACGAGUGUCAAUGUAUAAUUCUCCUUGUCCCUGAUUUGGAAA